AUGCCUCCAGUCAUCUUCAUAUCUACUCCAGAAGAGCUCUCUUCCAUGCUAGCAACGCUCGAAGACCUACCGGUAUCCCCACCAAGUUUGUACAUCGAUCUGGAAGGCGCAAAGCUCAGUAGAAAUGGUACAAUCGCUCUACUGACACUGUACGUACUACCCAAAAAGACAGUGUAUCUGAUAGACAUCUAUACCUUGGGCGCUCGCGCAUUCUCUACACCAACCACUGCAGCAACAGCAAGCGCGACUGCGCCUCUUGCUACUACGUCCGACACAGUAGACCUCACAGCAGACGCCGGAAAGCCUGCAACAACUCUGAAGCUCAUUCUAGAGACACCAGAAAUCCCCAAAGUCUUCUUCGAUGUACGCAACGACUCCGACGCCCUCUUCUCCCACUACGCCAUCUCCCUCGCCGGCAUCCACGACAUCCAACUCAUGGAGCUAGCAACCACUACACGCGGUUCCCGUGAAUACCUAUUGGGGUUGUCCAAAGCCAUCGACUACAACUCCUCACGCCUCAACAUAACACCGAAGCAGAUGCAGGUGUGCAGAACCAUUAAAGAGACUGGCCUCAACCUUUUUGCUCCGGAGCGUGGUGGCAGAUAUGCAGUCUUUGAGGAAAGACCGUUGCGACAAGCAAUAAAGGACUACUGCGUGCAGGAUGUGGUUCACAUGCCUGGGCUAUGGAAGCUUUAUGGUAGUAGGAUGACAGAAGGAGGCUUUUGGUGGGCCAUGGCUGCGGAGGGUUCAGCAAGCAGGGUGGAAGAGAGUCAUCAGAUCAGAUAUCGACCAGAUGGAGAACACAAGAGGUACGGAUGCUGGAGUCCUGCGCAGAUCAAAGAGGCUAGACGGCGCUGGAAUGCUGGGCAGCGGAGCAAUCUGUGUGGAUAA